AUGGCAGAGACCAUUCAGGAUCGCGGUUCCAUCCCCAUAUCUCCAAGACUGCCUCCCGAGCUUGAGCGAGAGAUCUUCGAGCAAGCUGGCUACCAAGACCUGGGCAAUGCAUAUCAGCUUCUGUUCGUAGCAAAGAGAGUUUACCAAUGGGUUGAGCCGAUGGUUUACAGAGUGCUGUUUCGGAGGUCCACCCUGACGUGUUUUCAUGGGCAAGUUCGACGACGGAGACCAUAUCCACCUCUCGAACAAUUUGAAGCCGGCCAGAAACCCUCCCUGCGUCUAAAACAAGUUUCUUCCUACACCACCCAUCUUCUGCUCAUCGACUGGGUACACACACACCGUGGUGUUGCCAUCGAUAUCCUCCAGCUGCACAACACCUCGCACUCUGGAUCAUUGAUAUCGAUGGAUGGCAUUACGGACACCUAG